GUAAAAAGACACCUAAGGGUAUUGGCUGUCAAACAAAACCUGACUGAUAUCCUUUAUGGUAUGAUGGGAUUUGAGGGGCAGGUUCUGCCCGUUAAUGUGGCCCUGCUUGCCCACACCAUAAUCUGUGAGCUCUGUCCACUGUAAGAGUAUGGUGGCUGUUUUGAGAAUUAGAUUUUUCCUCCCUUAGCCAUGGGGUGCCCAUGGUGCUCAGAAUUGCACAGUGCUGCGAACCUAACAGCAGGGAAAACCGAACCUCUGUAGCAUGUUCCGUAUACUAUAAUGACCUUCCAGCAUCCAGCCUCCCACACAGCAGAGUAUUUUUAGCCGUUGGCCUACACGUUACAUGAGUACGAGGUCUUAAUGUGUAUGAUCUCUGAACUCCUCAAUGGCACCUCUUCAUGGCUUGAGCACAAGAAAAUAUGAGCCCCCCCAAAAGAGCUUUUGAAAUUAACGAGAGCGAAGGCUAAUUUGUCCUCAGACGUGCAAAAUAUGUCAUAUUGACUAAUGUCACAAAGUGCACGGCACACUAAAAGCCAUGCUUCCACUGACUCUAAAUAUAAAAGGAACAACAAAAAAGGCUCUUUAAAAUAAUAUCUGGUGAAAUGGCUGAGUCGCUUAGCGGGAUGGGCUGUCAGGCUAAUUGGGUAGAGGUCAUGGACAAACAAGAAGGACAGGAUGGAAAGGAGAGGGCAAGGAAUGUUCAGAAUGAAGGAGUGAAAGUAAAUAAAACCCCCUCCCUCAGCCCAGCCUAGACGUCAACUGGAGAAGCUUUGUAGGUAGAGCGAAGACAUGAAAAGUAUGAUCACUGAUCACGUUUCAACGGAUAUGGACUUGGCGCCAAGUAAGAGAUGCACAGAAGCAGACACUGACACUCUCAAGCGGGGACACGAUCCACUACAUGUGACGCCACGUGUUUGUUUUGCCAAACCUAAAAAAUGACGGGAAAAAAAACAAACAAAAUACUUAAUUUGUGUAUACAAUAAUACAUAGAUAUAAGCGCGCAAGACGAUAUAUGCAUAUAUACACAGAUUACAAGUUUUGCAAGUUGUGUCGUUUACAAGUUUACCUUCAUUACAAGUGUGAAUUUCAGUGUUUUUGCGAGCCCUGUGCAUGGAGCCGCCCGCGCACCAGUGCUCAUGUGAUUGAUGAUAGUUCAAUGAGAUAUAAAGAAAAGAGGUGCAAUUUCGGCAAGCCUGUAGUUUCAUUACUAGGGAACCAGAGCCGACACCCGGAAAGAGGCGGGAGAAUAUGCAACUGGAAGUGCCGCUUCUCUACUUAAAAAAAAAUACUUAUAUUUAUCACCUGCCUACCUAUAAAACACCGUUAAAUGAUCUCACACCGAGCCGAUGGUGUGCCUUUGGAUCCUGGGUGAUUCAGCUGACUUGCGUGCAUUCCCGUUUGGAUCAGGCAACAGGGAAGAAAAGCUGCCCUGUUUAGUAUGACAUAUUAUAAAAUUACGGCGGUACGGAAAUGGAUGCUGAUGCAUUGUGUGUCGGGUUUCACCGGGGUGCUUUUUGCCCAGCUUCGGGGUCUAUUUUGAGGCGAGCAUGUUUCGCCACCUGUUCAUCCUCUUCAGACUGACCGUUCCCCGGCUCCGCCGAGCGCCCGUCCCUGAGACGCCGAGCCCAGCUCAACAUUCAUUUACUUUGACGGUCUCUGCGCGACCAUUCGCCCGCUUUCUCCGCGGAUCUCCAGCCUCUGCCUGUCUAUCUUCCCCAGGAUUUUUUUUAAAACGUUUGCGCAACUUGAUAAGUUAUGGCUGAUGCGGGGCACCACCAAGAUCGACGAGACGAUGCUGUUGAUGAUGAAUUUGGGGAAAUUAUCAGGAGCCGAUCCGAUGAAAGAGAAGAUGUUCAAAAGAAAACUUUCACAAAAUGGAUAAACUCUCAGUUUGCUAAGGCUGGGAAGCCUCCAAUCAAUGACCUCUUCACUGACCUAUGUGAUGGACGGCGCCUCCUGGAACUGUUGGAGGGUCUGGCAGGACACGAACUAGCCAAAGAAAAGGGCUUCACUCGUGUUCACUCGCUUAACAAUGUCAACCGAGCACUCCAGAUCCUACAGAAAAACAAUGUUGAAUUAGUGAAUAUAGGUGGAGUCGACAUCGUCGAUGGCAAUCACAAACUGACCCUGGGCCUCAUCUGGAGCAUCAUCCUCCAUUGGCAGGUAAAGGAUGUGAUGAAAGAUGUAAUGGCUGACCUACAACAAACUAACAGUGAAAAGAUUCUGUUGAGUUGGGUACGUCAGUCUACCCGGGAUUAUCUGCAAGUCAAUGUGGUCAACUUCUCCAGCAGCUGGUCUGAUGGCCUGGCAUUCAAUGCCCUUAUCCACAGCCACAGACCAGAACUGUUUGAGUGGAGCAGUGUGGAGCAGAAGCAGACAGACAUCGAGAGGCUCGACCAUGCCUUCAGUACUGCCAAGGACCACCUGGGCAUAGAAAAACUGCUGGAUCCUGAGGAUGUGGCCACAACACAUCCUGACAAGAAGUCCAUUCUGAUGUAUGUCACCUCGCUGUUCCAAGUGCUGCCACAUGGUGUCACCAUGGAGGCUCUCCGGGAGGUGGAGAGGCUUCCACCAGCCCCAAUGGCUCUGGAAGACCAUGUUCAGAGCAAGCAGCGCUUUUCCCAGCAGAUUACAGUGAAUGUGGCUCAGGGUUGGGUUCGUAGCCCCUCCCCUACUGCUAAACCACGCUACAAAAGUUACGCCUACACUCAAGCAGCUUAUGUCAAGUCACCUGAACAAAAGAGGCGACGCUUUACUUCACAGUCUCCAGACAGCCAAGGGGAGGAGGCAAGCAGUAGUCCCAACCCCCAUCGGGACCUGCAGCUAGAAAGGUACCAGACUGCUCUGGAGGAAGUUCUCACCUGGCUGCUUUCUGCCGAAGACAGUCUGCAAUCUCAGUCCCCCAUCUCCAACCAAGUGGAAGUGGUUAAGGAGCAAUUCCACACCCAUGAGGUAAGGUGCCAUGCAAGUGGCUUAGGAGAGCAAAAUACAAGAAGCAGAGCACCAAGGGUUUGGACCACAACCAGAUUUAAAGGGUACACUCCAAUUUUAUGAGUAAGGUUCCAUAUCAUACCAAACAACCUCAGUAAGGAACCCCAACCUGAGAGCAAGGGAUAUACAUUUAAGAAGUUGCAAGAAAAAUUUGGGAAAUAGCUAUCUUAGGUACAGCAGAUAAUUGUGGAUUGUAAGUGCCUUAUACACAAAGAGGAAUUGUGGUAAUAACUUCAUUUAUAGAAAGCGGAGAGGCUGCUGACACAUGAUGAACAAGCAC